UUAAAAUCUUUGGGCUCACCGGGUUUCCUCACUGGCGUAUUACACCUUAAAGAUUAGGCUAAGGUUGCCAAAUCUUCUUGGAAGGUGUCUCAAGGCUUCGAAUUGGCUAUAUGGCUCUGGCGGGGAGAAAUACACUGAGAACUCGCCUCAGACGAUUUCCUCAAGAUGUUCGAGAGGAGCUUAACGGGAUUGUACCUCGCAGCUCUUGGCAGGCGCUGACAAGAGAAUUUAGUAUAAAUAUGUACACUGCUUUGAAGCCUGAAGCACUUGAUCUCAUCCCCAAUCUCGUUGAUUGCAGCUAUGAAGAGUUUCGGGAAGAUGUGAGAGAGCGGAUGGAGAUUUUGAAGGAGAUGGAUACAGGAGAUAAUCAGUCAUUCAAAGGGAAGAGCAAAGUUGGAUUCCACAGCUAUUUUUACAGGUUUUGGCUUGUUGGUCAGCGACGUCCGGACGGUCUGUACGACAUCGUGUUUGCCCACAUUGCCCGAAAGGAAGAAUUUGAUUUAUUUCUUAGCCUGAAAAAAAUCAUGAAGGGUUCGGCUCAUGCGACAGCCACAGCUCCUCCUAUAGUUGCAGAUCUAGUGGCCCGACUUUCUAAGCGGACGUGCGAGUAUGUUCUUGCUGGUAUUAUUGGAGGGGAUGAGGAUGAAACACCAUCACAACCAGAACCAACUAGAGCACUAACCAAUGAACCGUCAGGAAGCCCUUAUACUGACCUCACUCAGCACCUGGGAGACCGCCUCACUGAUUAUGAAAUGGUAGAGGACCUCAUUGAGAGAGGAAUGCUGGCAGAGAGGGAGGAUGGUACACUGUACAUCCAACUCGAGUGACAAAGUUGAAAGGGAAAGCAAGUUGUAUUGUUUGCAGUGACUGUAGCAUUAUAGCAUGUUACUCAAUAUUGCACACCAACCCAAAGACGUAGUUAAAUUUCAAUUAUUAUAAUGCUUAGUGUGAGUGGUACAACUAUUUAAGAGAUAACUUGCACGUAUCCGUUAUAAUCAUCAAUGUAUCAGUAAAGCGGCGAAAGGUUUCAUUGUCAUGUUUGUAUUUUCCGAUGCAAUCGAAUUUACUUUGCCAUAAAGUAGAAGUGCGGUCUUCUCUUAAUAAAACUUAUGU